UUCAACAGCACCAUCCCUUAGUAAUCAUAAUCUCUCCUAUACCAAACAUGUAUUUCCGAACUAGUAAGACAGUUCUGCUUAUUAGUGGUGUUGUGUUUACUCUUUUGGUGUCGGCUUUGGCCGGUAACUUCAACCAGGAUUUUGACAUCACUUGGGGUGAUGGCCGUGCCAAAAUACUUGGCAAUGGCCAGCUUCUCACGCUUUCUCUCGACAAAACCUCUGGCUCUGGAUUCAAGUCCAAGAAGCAAUACUUAUUUGGGAAAAUCGACAUGCAGUUGAAGCUUGUGCCUGGCAACUCCGCCGGCACCGUCACCGCUUACUACCUGUCUUCAUUGGGUUCCACCCAUGAUGAGAUAGACUUUGAGUUUCUUGGUAACCUAAGUGGAGACCCCUACAUUCUCCAUACCAAUGUAUUCAUGCAAGGGAAGGGAAAUAGGGAGCAGCAAUUUUAUCUUUGGUUUGACCCCACCAAGGACUUCCACACCUACUCCAUCUUGUGGAAUCCUCAAAGCAUUAUCUUCUACGUUGACGGGACUCCGAUUAGAGAGUUCAAGAAUUUAGAGUCCAAUGGCAUCCCUUUUCCCAAGAGCCAACCGAUGUGGAUAUACUCCAGCCUUUGGGACGCCGAAGAAUGGGCCACAAGGGGUGGCCUUGUAAAGACCGACUGGAGCCAGGCGCCAUUCACCGCUUCGUAUCAAAACUUCAACGCCCAAGCUUGCAUUUGGGCUUCAAAUUCCUCUUCUUGCUCUUCCAAUUCAUCCAAAAACUCUUGGUUAACACAAUCGCUGGAUAGCUCCAGCCAGGCCCGAAUAAAAUGGGUGCAAAAGAACUACAUGAUAUACAACUACUGCACCGAUGCCAAACGAUUCCCGCAAGGAUUCCCUCCAGAAUGCUCACUAGCAUGAUCAAAACAUAUAUAAAUGUAUGAAUCAUAAUCUUCUGAGGCCUUUAAUCGUUACAAUCUAGGCUGUCUAAAUUAGAUUUCAUGCAAUAAAAAAAGCCAAGUUGAAUUAAA